ACACACGAAUUAUAGGGCAAAGGAACAAAAGACACUGUACUUCGGGAUCAAAGAGAGACAGACGAACCUUUCAGCAAGUGCCCAGUCUUCUUGAAUCUGUUUUUGCUUCUCUCGUUGAUUUUCCUCUCGCCAGCACUUUGAGCACAGGCCCUGCCAGCCAGUGUUGCCAUAAAAGCCACAUCCUUUUUUGCAAAGCAGCUCUGAUUGGUCCAGAUGGAUCCCACGCCGCUGGCUCAUCAUCUUCAGAAGUGAAAACACUGCUGGGGCAACAACAAGACAGACAACUUUAAAAACAAAAAACAAACAUGAGCUUGCCAAGGUGAGGGUUAAGUUUGUGGGCAGCGUGGACAAAGAACUGAUCAAGGAGCUCCUGGACGACCUUUUAGAUGAUGGUGUCUUAAAUGAUGGCCAGAAAGACUCAAUACUUGAGGAGAAUUCUAGCACAAAAGACAAGGCACGCGCUCUCAUUGACACAGUGAGGAAAAAAGGAGAUUCAGCCAGCAGGAAAAUGAUCGCAUUCCUUCAAAGCAGAGAUUCAACACUUCACUCUGAACUGUUUGUUUCCUCUGAUAAACCUGCUCAACAAGUUGCAGCUGCAGUUCCAGAGCCACAGCGGGAGCAGAAAUGUUCAGCCACUGUGAUUCAUUCCAACGAUGCCUUCUGGGCGGAGAAACAGCAUAAAAGAGAUACUUACCCGGCAUCCAAAAAUGCAAUUAGGUAUCGUGUGGCCCUGUUAAUCACCAACAUAAAGUUUACUGAUGCGAGUUUAAACCGAAAUGGAGCUGAGAGGGAUGAGAAGAAUAUGGAGAAACUGCUCAAUGCAUUGGGAUACGAAGUGGUGAAACACACAAACCUCACGGGAGAGGAAAUUGAUGCUGCUGUGAUUGAGUUCUCAAAACAUAGGAAACUGAAAGAGACAGACAGUGUGGUGGUUGUGAUCAUGUCUCAUGGGAAACUGGGAGCUGUCCUCGGUGUUGACUGGAAAAAAGAGAAACCAGAUGAGUUUUGCAUCAACAACCUUUACCAACACUUGGGCCCGGAGAGAUGUCCCGCGCUGCUGGACAAACCCAAGAUAAUCCUCAUCCAGGCCUGCAGAGGAGAAAAGAGAGGAUCAGUGCUGGUUAAAGACAGUUUGUCCUGUGAUGAUACAUCACAUUCUGAUGACCAUGAACAAUUUGAGGAGGAUGGUGUGCGCUAUGUUAUCAAGGAAAAAGAUUUCCUUGCUCUUCUGUCCUGCACCCCUGAUACUGUCUCAUACAGAGAGAGAGAAAAUGGGUCAAUUCUCAUCCAGUAUUUUGUGGAGGUAUUGAGCGCUUUUGCACACGAGGAUGACAUUGAAGAACUUUUCAGAAAAAUCAUGCAACGCUUCGAGGACUUUUCCGUGAACAGCAAAAGACAGAUGCCAACCAAAGACAGAGUCACUCUGACAAGGCGCUUCUACUUCUUUCCAGGCAUCUGAGGCCGGAUCUAAUGUGAUAGAAUAAACAAAAUAUACAGUAGAACCAAUCUUAUGGAUGAAAUGCUGAAUGGGCCUAACAAGUGCAGGCCAAAGUGUUAAAGAGGCAGAGCAAAAACAACUGCUAAGAGACGCAUAGCAACAUAAGAGAUGUAAACAGACUUUAUUUUACUCUUGGUGUUUGGCUUAUUUAAAGAAGGGGUAGGGGGCCUUUUACAUGUCCGUGCCCAGGGACCUUUCGCUUCAUAGUUCAUAUUUGAUGAAACCUUAUCAUUUAUCAACAUCAUCAUUUACAUUUUUAUAUAAUUGGUUAUGUGAAAGCCUUUUAUUAAAAGGGAAGUUUAUGUGGUGGCAGUUAUUGACCAUGCAGGGACUAUUUUAGGGAUUUAAGGUGCAUAAUUAAUCUAAGUGUUUUUUGAAACCUAUGUUCAAUAUUCAUAUGGAAUGGGUAUUAAACUUCUAAACAAAUAAACUUCA